AUGGAGAGUGCAACAGAAAAACCUUUCUAUUCUCUUUUCCUUUUGUCCUUUUCUUCUUUGCCCCAUGCUCACGUUUCCGUCGCGUUCCUAUAUCUCAGACUCGCAUCCUCGUCGUGUUCUCUCGUCCCAGACUCACAUCCUCGUCGUGUUCUCAUGUCCCAUAAUCACAUCCUCGUCGUGUUCUCAUUGAACUAUUUCACUUUGUUUUACUUUGUUGUUAUUGGAUGUUUCCGUGUCGUCAUCUAUCUAUCUAUCUACCUAUCUAUCUAUCUAUCUAUCUAUCUAUCUAUCUAUCUAUCUAUGUCUGUUUUUAUCUAUCUAUCUAUCUAUCUAUCUAUCUAUCUAUGUCUGUUUUUUUUAUCUAUCUAUCUAUGUCUGUUUUUUUUAUCUAUCUAUCUAUGUCUGUUUUUUUUUAUCUAUGUCUGUUUUUUUAUCCAUCUAUCUAUCUAUGUCUGUUUUUUUAUCUAUCUAUGUCUGUUUUUUUUAUCUAUCUAUCUAUCUAGCUCUGGUUUUUAUUCAUCUAUCUAUCUAUCUAGAUCUGUUUAUUAUCUAUCCAUUUAUCUAUCUGUUCAUCAUAUGUCCGUCUGCUCAUCAUCUAUCUGUCCCCUAUCUAUUCAUUAUCUAUCUGUUUCUAAUCCAUCUGCCCGUUCAUUAUCUAUCUAUCUAUCUAUCUAUCUAUCUAUCCAAUUCUUUCUAAUGAAGUCUGUCCCGUGUGAAUCGACAUUUCAGUCGGCUGCCAAUAUACACGCAAAGGGCGGGCAGAAGUCUUCUAUCUCAUUCCCCACUCCUGUCCACUCCUCCGCACCACCCCCAUUCACCCCCCACCAACCACGACCGCCGUCGUGUUGUCGUCUCUCCAACUUAUUCCCCUGA